CGCAUCCAAUUGCUGUGCAACGGCGCCAAGUCAAACCGAAUAGUUUUUCCUCAAGGUCCACAGUCAGCGACGUGUUUUGCUGCAGAUUUGCGCUGCUCCGGAGGAGCUUUCUCAUAUUACGACGAAAGACCACCACAAUAAAUCUUCACUAAUUUAACCGGUUGCGAACCUUCACGAUGGACAACGUCGCAGUUUCAAGGCGAAACCACACCAACAGAAAAGGAAACAAGGAAAACACCCAGCCUGCACAUGGACCUAAAUCAUUUAUCAGAAAAGACGGAACGUCUGCUGCUCCACUCCAGCUGAAAAACAAUGAAAAGGAAGAGACCGUGGCAAAAAAUGAUCUUUUUAAAGCCAAGCCUAAACAGGCUGGCGCAAAGUCGACGUCUGCCGAGGCUCUGAAGAAGGUGAAGAUUGUGCAAAGAGAUGGGAAAGCAGAGACUGUGAAGCACAAAAAAAUGGUCACAGAAGCUCCAAAACCCUCAACUGUUCAGUCAUCAAAACCUGCUCCAGGCAUGUACAAGGGCAAGAUUAUCCAGUCAAAAAUUGGCUCUAUUUGGAAGACGAGUGCAUCUGUAGGCGCAGUAGAUCCCAAACCAUCAGCACCCAAGAUGGGCAGUCAGAACAUAGCUAAAUGCAGGUCCAAAUCUGCCUCUGAGAUGCCUGGGCGGGGCACACAAAAACCUGCGCCAUCAAGGUCCAAGUCAGUUUCUGAAAGACCUGCUCAGGUGUCCAAGCCUGGCACCAACAGCUGCCGUCCUGCGGGUUUCUGUUCUGCUCGCCCUCCUACCAGAACCAUCCCAGCAACACUAACGUCUGCCAGCACCAGAAACACUACUGCAGCUCCCACUAAGGCAAGUGGGACUCAGAAUUUAAAGCCAAAGAUUCCAGUGACCGACAAGCAGGUCAGCAAACCUCCUGUCUCAAGCACCCUCAGCCAGUACAGAGUCACCAUGGAGACAGCUGAAGAGAGGAAAGCGAAACUAGCUGAGUGGCUGGCUUCCAAAGGUAAAACUUUAAAAAGACCAGCUAUGACAACAACAGCAGCACCCCCAAAAACCAAAGUUUCUGCAAGACCUGAAGCUCAUCAGUCUCGGGUUGAGCCUCAGCCUGCUGCACGGCCUGAACCUGAACCCAGUCUGGAAACGCACAACCUCAACUCUGCUGCUUCUCACUGUGAUGACACCCAGGGAGCGGCGCCAACAGUUCACGGCCAAACUCCGAUCAUAAUGAACACCACCUUGGACCUGCUUGAAAACUCUGAUGCAGAUCUGCCUGUUGACUCACAGGACAGAGUGGAUGAUAUUGUUGUGAACCUCUGUGAUGCCUUGGAAGCCAUGGCAACACCAUAUAGAUGCAGUGAUGAAAUCUCACAGGUGAAGGAGGACUGCAGUGAUGUUGAAAUAGACAGCAGCAAACCAGAAGAAAGUGAAAAAGAGGAACUGAAGAAUGAAAUACCUGAGGAUGUUGGUGAGCAAGUAAAGGAUGAAGUAGAAGAAUGUGAUGACCAGAAGGUGGACACAGAGGAUGCUGAGGAAGUAGAAAGUGAUGAUGAUGUGAUAGAGCUAACACCGCAGAGGGUGGAUGCUUCAGUGAUAAAGUACAGCGUGAAGACCACUCCAUACCUGCAAAGUGUCAAAAAGACAAUUGAAGACGAGGUCAGCACAAGUACGUCGAGAAGAAAGAGCAACAUCAAAGAUCUGAAGUUCCUGACACCGGUACGCCGAUCCUGCCGCAUCGAGCGCAAGUCCUCCCGCCUGCCGUCUAUGCUCGUCGAUCCCGAUCCCUGCGUGUCGUCACUGGCUGAGCUGGUGAAGCUGGAUGAUGAUCCCAAUGCCUACAUCUACAGAAAAAAUAGUGCACUUCUCGAGGAUCUGCCAGACCAACCCAGAGUGUGAAGAGAGAUGUUUUUCAAAAAGAAAAAAAGUCCUUCAGAAAAACCUGGGACUAAAGCUAAUGGACACUUUAUACUGUUACUUGUAAGAUGUUUUUUUACUAAUCUGAAUUCAUCUGCAAGAUUUGUGUUGGGUAAUUUAAUUUGUUUUAUUUUACUGAGGGGAGAACAUAUAGUUCAUGUUUAUUCUUUCCUUCUCUGAAUGUAUUAACAGUUUCCUUUAACAGAAAAUUGACAUGUAUCACCACAUGUACCGUAAUAAAAUACUUUAUUUUAAA